GCAGCCCUGGCCGCCGGUGCGCAGCGCGCUCUGAGAUUGGCCCUGAAGACAGCGGAGGCGCAGAAGGUUUUCUGCGAAAGCCAAAAUGAGGCGCACGGCCGCUGCGUGCAUGAGGCGGCGCAGAGCACCACGCGGCUCCAGGCCCUCGAGCGAUCUCUUGUCGAAGUGGAGGAGCGCCUGGGGAAGGUGGCUGCAGGCACUCAGCUGUCGGGCUUCAGCGGACGGCUGGCUCACAACGAGGCAGCGCAGAAGCGGCUGGAGCAGCGGAUGAAACAGUUUGAGGCCGAAGAGCUGGAGGGUCGGUUCUCCAAGCUCGAGGCCGUGACGAAGGAGCUGAAAACGCAGCUCCAGGAGCUCGAACCUAGAGGCAAGGAAGCAAAGCAGGCCGAGGACGUUCAGAGCCGCUUGGCUAUGCUCGAGGCCUCAAUGUCAGACCACGGACGGCAGUUGCGCGGCUGCCAAAGCCUCGCGGAUGAGAGUGCCAGACAGCUGAAGGACCUCGACACAGCUAUGGCUGAGCUGCAGGGCGCAGCAGUGGCGGAAGCAUUGUUCGGAGGAUCUGCAGCACCCGAGGACGAUGCGCCCGUGAAGUCGGAUUCAGGCCCAGCGAUGGAAGCUCUGGCAUCCCAGCUGGCGCGCCUGGAGGAGCAGCUGGGUGCUGCCAAAUUGCCAGAGCUGCGGCGCGAGAUGGAGGAUCUCCGCAGUGGUCUGAGGGCGCCAGAGCCUGAGGCGGAAGCGCCCAUCGUUGAAGGUGUCAAAGUGGAACCUGCAGCCAAAGCGAUUUUGGAGCUGCGCGGGCGCCUUGAGGAUUUGGCAGAGAUCGUCGAUGAGCGCAAUCUUUCGCAGACGCGACAAGUUGCAAGCCUUGUCCCGGAGUUGAAGGCACACGUGGAGCGCCUGGGUAAGCAGUGCGCUCAGUGCUCGGCCAAAACCGAAGCCUUCGAGGUGCGCCUGGAUCUCACGAGAACGAACCUGGACACGCAAGAGCAGCGCCUCCAGGCCUUGUCCGAGCGUGUGGAGAAAGGCUUGGUGCGGAGUUGCCUGCCUCCACCGGGUUCCGGAGCGUCUUGUGCUGCUGCGGGUGAGAAGCUUUCGCUUUUCAACAAGCCGAAGCACGUCCACUUCGCACCGCCGUCCUGCGGAGAUCAACUGCCAACGCUGCUGCCAAAGGAGCCUUUCUUCUCCAUGCAGAGCGCCAAGGUAUCGCAAAAGCUCGACGAGCUGUGUGCCAAACUCCCACCGAAGGAGCCUCCUGCAAAGAUUCAGGAGGAGGUGGCUCAGGAGGCACCCUCCCGCUCGGAGGAGAAGAUACCGCAGGACGUACCAGCUGACGGACCUGCUGUGGAGAAGACGCCGCCACCAUCGCCAGUGCGCCGUUCCAUCUCUGAUUUCACGGGCUGCUAA